AUGGAGCAGAUGAUCCAGCAGCUGCAGGAUCAGGUGGCGACGCUACAGCAACGGCAACAGCCUAUGGAAGAGAUGGUCCAGCAGCUGCAGCGCCAGCGACAAGAGAUCGAUCGACUUCAAGCUGCAGAGCGAGAGGCGCUGCAGCAACAACAGCAACAGGAUGUACGUAUGGACGAGCUGAGGGCCGUGGCCAGAGGGAACAUGAAGACGGUCAUUGAUACGAAGAGCCUGGGCAAGCCGAAAGACUUCGAUAACAAGGAAGAGCACUGGCAGGAGUUCGCUUUCAAGUAUGAGAACUGGAUCAGCGGUAUCGAGCCUCAGGCGCGGCUGUACCUCCGGUGGGCCGAGCUGAGCGGCGAGGAGAUUGACGACCUCGACCUGGAUGACCCGCCGGACGCGCUCAGCCAGGAUGAGAUCCGGCACCUUGGGAGGCAGGUGUACGUAUCCUUGGCGCAGAUGCUCACCGGCGAGUCGCUGGACGUCCUGAGGAACGGCCGUGAGGACAAUGGCUUCGACGCGUGGCGUCGGCUGUGGAGGCGCUGGGACCCGAAGACUGUCGGACGCAACAGGGCAGCGUACCUCAAGAUCGCGCAGCCGGGCACAGCGAAGACGGUGGAGCAGGCGUCCAAAAUGCUGGAGCAGUGGGAAGCGCAGAUCCGCGACUACGAGGCUAAGAGGAAGAAGGUAGUUGACGAAGAGCUCAAGUGCGCGGUGCUGACGGAGAUGAUGCCUAAAGAGCUGCGACUUCACCUCCAGCUCAACGCGAGGGCGCUCACGGACUACUCCACGAUUAGGCAGGAGGUGCUGUCGUUCCUCGAGGCCAGGAAGAGUCACAUUGGCGAUGGCUCAGCCCCGAUGGACGUCGACGCUCUGCAAAGGAAGGGCAAAGACAAGAGCGGCAAGGGCAAGGACAACAAAGGCAAGGGCAAGGACACUGACCACUCCCACAGCAAGAAGAACGUGACGUGCUGGAACUGCGGCAAACCAGGGCACACGAGCAGCGAGUGCUGGUCGAAGCCGCAGGCAGACCACGACAAGAACAAGGCCCGUGGCAAGGGCAAGGACAACAAAGGCAAGGGCAAGGACUCCAAGGGCAACAAGGGCAAAUACGGUGGCAAGGGGACCUCCCAGAACCACAUCCAGGGCUACUGCGACAAGUGCGGGAAGUGGGGCCACCGCGGCCAGGAUUGCUGGGGUUCCAAGACUACGAACUCGCUGGAGACAGGUGAUCAGCCGGAGCCUGAGAUCGGCGGCUUCGACAUCUGCGCGCUCGACGGGUACGGCACGGACGAGACGGCCAAGGAUAUGCAGCGCUACAAGGAUGUGAACAGCUACACGAUCGAGGCGACGGUGGACUCGGGCGCGGCGGUCAGCGUGAUGCCAGUGAGUACGUGCCAGGAGUACAAGGUGAGGCCGAGCGAGGCAUCCCGCAGAGGAGUCCGCUAUCGGGCAGAUGGAGGCCAGAUGAUCUCGGACCUCGGCACGCGCGUGGUGAACAUCCAUGCGGGAGGUAGCGAUGGCGGCAUGGCUCGGGUGUCGUGCUCGGUGGCCGAGGUGAAGAAGGUGCUCCUGAGCGUGGCCAAGAUGGUGGACCAGGGCAACAGAGUGACGUUCGGCCCGGAUGAGGGCGACAACUACAUCGAGAACAUCGCCACCGGAGUCAGGAUCCCCGUCAGGCGCAAGAACGACGUGUACGUGAUGGACAUGGAGAUCCAGCCGCCGAAGCAGCACGAGAAGUCGAUGAUGCUCGCAGCGGUGGAUUCGGCCCAGUCGCUGGGGGGCCGGAGGCAGGCCGCGAUGCCGAGGAUCGAGCAGCACAACAUCGGGCACAUCCCGUACAGGAGCUGGUGCAGGCACUGCGUGAUGGGCCGAGGCAGGAGUGCAGCCCACCGCAAGCUCGAGGCGGAGAAGUCGCACGUGAUCCCCACGGUCGGUCACGACUACGGCUUCCUCGGGCGAGACGAUAAUCUUGCGAUGCCUAUGUUGGUGGGCAAGAGCUUCCGAACGCUGUGGCUCGGAGCCGCGAUCGUCCCGUGUAAGGGAGACGCGAGCGAGUGCAGUGUCGGGGUCAUGAGCGGCCAGAUCAAGCAGAUGGGUCAUUCCAACUUCAUCCACAAGACGGACCAGGAGUCAUCGUUGAGGGCGCUGAAGGAGUCAGCGCGCCAGGCCCUGGGGACUGCGUGCAGCGUGGUCUCGGAGGAGGCUCCGCGCGGCAGCAAGGAGUCGAACGGUGCGAUGGAGAACGGCGUGAUGCAGAUCGAGGGCCUGGUCGAGCACGAGUCGGCGCUUGUGCCUUGGCUGGUGCUGUGGGCGGCGUACGUCUACAACCGGUUCUCCAGGGGCGUCAACGGGAAGACGCCCUACGAGAAGACGAAGGGCAAGCCGUUUCGACGUGAGCUACUGCCUUUCGGUGAGCGCAUCUACUGGCUCCCGGCUGACAAGAGCAAGAAGCGUGGCGACGCGCAGGGCAUGAACAAGCUGGAGAACAAGUGGCGGACGGAUCACUUCCCGGGCGUCCAGGAGGGCAACGACGAGGCGUUUGUUAGUGAUGAGAGCGGCGGCGUCUACCGAACCAGGAGCAUGAAGAGACUCCCAGAGGUGAUGCGCAAGUCGCCGGAGACGAUCCUCAAGGUCAAGGGCGUGCCCUGGAACCGGACGCCAGAGGAGGUGCCGGCGCCUCGAGUACGAGUGGAAGUUGGACGACCAGAUCCACCACCAGACGCACCGCCGGUGAUCGAGCUACCACCGGAGCCGAUAGCGGUUCGGCGGAGAACGUACGUCACCAAGGCCAUGAUUGAGAAGUACGGUUUCACGCCAGGGUGCCGAGGGUGCGAGGCUUUGCUCAUCCACGGCGCGACGCACGUGAGCGGAGGCGGAGUUGCGCGCUCGGAUUUCUGCCGAGCGCGUAUCGAGGCGGCAGGGCAGCGAGCGCCAGCUGCACCCGCAGCAGCGCCCGGCCCGCCGGCAGCGUCGGCGGAGCCGGCAGGAAGUGCUGCCCAGGCCCCAGAGGCAGCCGAGGGAUCACCCAUGGAGGUGGAGGCGCAGCUGGCACCGCAGGGCAGCAGCGCAGAACCCGCACAAGGAGCCCAGAUGGAGGGCGUGCGAGGGGGUCAGAAGCGUAGGGCUAGCGAGGAGUUGCAGCAGGACGAGGUCAGGCAGCACGAGGUGGUCGAGGAGAUCAGCGUGCCGGCGGCCAGGGCGGACUACCUGGAGAGCGGCAGGAUGCUGAGCGCGCUGGGCUACGACGUCCACGUGAGCGAGGUGUACAACCCGGAGAGGAUGUUCAGCUCGCUGAUUACCUUCAACCGGAAACACUACAGCAGCGAGGACUGGGAGACGAUGAAGCAGGACGCGAUCAGCCACCUCGAGUUCGUGUGCGAGCUCUACCGGUGGCAGGACGACGCCGGUCUAAAGCUGGACCCGACCCUGGUGGCGGAGGCCAAGCAGGACGAGCUCAAGGAGAUCAGGGCGUUCGGGGUCUACGAGAAGGUCAAGGAGGAGCUAGGCAAGCACAUCAAGCUCAAGGAGAAGGGCGUGCUCGGGUUACACCCGGAGUUGGGGGACACGCAGGAGGUUCGGAUCCUGAAUCGUCUCGUGUCCAUGAAGAUGAAGGAGGGCAAGCAGGUGCUCACCGUGGAGGCAGACCCGAGGCACGCGGCGUUGAUCAUCGAGGUGCGGAGGUUCCGGUCGCUGACCAUGCGGGCUCACUACUUGGCGGAGGACAGGUACGACCUGAAGUUCGCGAGCAAGGAGCUGGCGCGCGAGAUGAAGGGCCCGACGGUGUCGGGCAUGGCCAAGCUCAAGCACCUCGGCCGGUUCUUGCUCAAGAAGACUAGAUGCGUGCAGGAGUUCGCGUGGCAGGACCAGCAGCACAAGCUGGUGACGUACUGCGACUCCAACUGGGGCGGGUGCGUGGUCACCAGAACGAGUACGACGAGUGGAUGCGUGCAGCAUGGCAGCCACAGCAUCAAGCAGUACAGUUCGACGCAGCAGACCCCGUCGUUGAGCAGCGGCGAGGCGGAGUUCAACGCGUGUGUGAAGGCGGCUGCGGUGUGCCUCGGAGCUCAGGCCUACGCGGCGGACCUGGGUGCUACGCUGGUGGCGUCUAUCGGCACGGACUCCAGCGCGGCGCUUGGCAUGAUGAAGAGGUCGGGGCUAGGUCGAGUCAGACACAUCGCGGUGCCGCUGUUGUGGAUUCAGGAUGCAGUCCGUGAAUCCCGAAUCAGAGUCUUCAAGCAGAAAGGCCUCGAGAACGUGGCGGACGCUGGCACGAAGUACCUGAGCGGACCGAAGCUGGAGGCGAUCAUGGAGCGCCUCGGUUUCGUGUACCAGGCCGGAGAGAGUGCUCUGGGCUUCCGUGUGCAGCGGGGCGUAGGGGUUUGA